AAUCUUUGCUUAGGCAUUCAAUACCAAAACAAAGUUUCCUUCUCACUCCUAAAAAGCCCAAAUGUCUCGCAUUCCAGUUGAAAAACCCUAAUUUCCAAUUUUCUCAUCGAUUUCGCUUUCUCUCUUUUUUCUUUCCUCAGCAAUUCUCUAUCCAAUCAAUGUCUCUCUACCAGGCUCCUGGAUUCCGAUUCCACCCUACCGAUGAAGAGAUCGUUUGUUUCUACCUGAAGCGGAAGCUCACCGGAAACUUACCAUUCCGUUUCGACCAUCUUGCGGUGGUUGACAUCUACAAGUUCGAACCAUGGGACCUUCCCAGUUUGUCGAAGCUGAAGAACAAAGAUUUGGAAUGGUACUUCUUCACUGUGCUGGACAAGAAGUACGGUAAUAGUUUGAGGACGAAUCGUGCUACUGAUAGAGGGUACUGGAAGACUACGGGAAAGGAUCGCGUUAUCAAGAACGGGCAGGACACUGUUGGAAUGAAGAAGACCCUUGUUUAUCACUUAGGGCGGGCCCCACAUGGUGACCGAACCAAUUGGGUCAUGCAUGAGUAUAGGAUGAUUGAUGAAGAAUUGGCCAAAGCUGGAGUGCAGGAUGCUUAUGUGCUGUGUAGGAUCUUCGAGAAGAGUGGUCCAGGGCCGAAGAAUGGGGAGAAGUAUGGGGCUCCCUUUGUUGAGGCAGAAUGGGAGAAUAUUAUUGAUGGACGACAAGUGGAUCCCUUGCUUCCUGUUGAUAAUGAGCUUUUGAAACUACAAGUGUUUGAUUCUGCUCCUGAAUUCGAUGAACGGGUGCAUCUCUUGACAGCUGUUGAUAACGAGCAUUUAAAAGAAAAAAUGCCUGCUCCUACUGAUGAUGAUUAUGUUGAAACCAAUGACCUUGACCAGGAGCUUGAUACUAGUGUUACAUUUGGAAGUGCUGACUUGACAUCAAACUUCUAUUAUGGGGAGUGUAGUAGCCAUUCCCAAACAUUUAUUAAUGAUCCUAAACAAUUUGAAGCUGCUCUUGGUAUUUAUGAUAGUCAGAUUGACCUGCCUAAUAAUAUGGCUGAUCUAUAUGGCGUGGAUAUCAAUUCAGUCCAAGAUGGAUUCAAUGGCGAGACAAACAAUUACGAGAAUCCUCAGGAUUUCAAUUUUGCAUCUGAGGAUACAGAUCUAUAUUUUGAUGCCUCCAGUUAUCUUACGGGUUUGAAUGAAGAAUAUGUGGAUACCAAUGAUAUUAAGAAUCUUGACGGGGUUAUUCCCACCGAGAUAGAUCCUUCUGUUGCUGCAAUCUUAGAUGAGUACCUUACAUGCCCUGAUGAUGAUAUUUCCAAAUAUAUUUGCUUUGAUUCUCCUUUGAAUGCAGAGAGUGAAAGUCCCAUUGCGAACCAUGGACAGUCUUUCAUUGAGCAGAAUGUGGAGGGCGAAACCAAUGGUAGUACAUUGGCAAACAAACAUAUUUUUGAUGCACAGUCUAGUAACGAAAUAGUUUUACCAAAGGAGGAUCUGAAGGCGUCAAAUUGGGUCUCUGGGGAUGCAAAUGCUUUUGUAAAGCAAGCCAAUAAUUUGUUGGCCCGCAUUCCUGCUCCACCUGCAUUUGCUUCAGAGUUUCCUACUAAGGAGUUUGCUAUUGGGAUACAUCCUGCAACUGGGUCUUCCAAUUCAGCUCAUAUAACUGCGGGAAUGAGUAUGAUCAGCAUUACUGACAUUACUUUUGGAGGCAAUGCGAUGGAUUGGAUGGUGGGCAAGAAUGGAGGUUUUCAUACCAUUAUGUCUUCUGAGUUUUCCCAAACUGAUGUGAACUCUGCAACUCUGGUGCCUACUUCUGGCUUGGUCUGUAGCAAAACUGCAUUUAUGUUAUCACAUGGUUGGGUUUUCUUGAUGGGUUUCUCAGUUGUGAUUCUAUCACUGAGUUUCAAGAUCGGAAGUUUCAUGUACACUGUUAAAUGACAAAUGCAAGGUUGGCUAUGAUACAGUAAUCCAGUCAGUUGAAUAUUUAGGUUAAAUGGAGAAGAGCGAGUGUAUAUGCAGUUAUUCUUAUUGUUGAGGUUGAAAGUGACCUGAGUUAAGAUACCGAUCAAUUGCGAAUUCGAUAGCCUGAUUAGAGACAUGUUGUCAGAAUGUAGAAAUUAUGUGAGAACAGGGACUAUCUAAACUUGUGUUCUGAUAAACACUUUGAUCUUGACUGUUCUGAAAGUCAAAAUCCAUCGACCAUCUAUAGUGUUUUAAAAGUCCUUUGUUGGACUUUUCAUUCCAGAGGAACUUGAGGGGAAUGGAAAAUUUGACUCCUUCAAGUUGCAAUGUCCUUUGAUAAGCUUAUGGGAUGAAAUAAUAUUGUCGUUAAUAGAUGUGAAGCGCUUCAUAACCUAGGUUAUAUCAUAUCAAAUAAUAUUACUUACAUAACGUAUUGGUUUGUAUCAAUAAGAUGUUUUUACAUAACUUUUAAUUUAUGUAACUAUUUUAAUUUAUCAGUUUAAGCAAUGUACAUUGUGAUAUUUUUA